UGCAGGGAUAUUGCUAAAAGCGGCGUAAAAUUAAACUCACUCUCUCACUCACUGACAUAUGAACACGACCAAAAAGACCAGCCACGUCAUUAACAUUAUGACGCUAUGUUUUUUAUCUGUUUAUCGUGAUGAAUACUGCAAUGUAUACAGCCCUCUUCACGUAUUCUAAAGCGUUAUCGACUUAUCAUAAUAAUUAGUUUGAUUUUACCCCGCAGUUAGCAACAUUCCAAUAAUAUCCAUGGGAAGAACGGACAUGGGUUUCACUUAUUGCAGCCGGGCGGUGGGGGAGCCUAUGGUUAAAGCGGCCGCUCGUCACGUCACGCUGGAGAAACGGGUUCGAUUCCCCACAUGAGAACAAAGUGUAAAAGGCCAUUUCUGGUGUCCUCUGCCAUGAUAUUGCUGGAAUAUUGCUAAAAGCGGCAUAAAACCAUUCUCACUCACUCACCAUUAUAGCCACGUGGGGAAUCGAACCGGACCUAUAGUAUGACGAGGUUUGACCACUUCGCGCGAACUUUCAAUAUGAUAAGAGGUAGAGUUACCUGCCCACAUGUAUCGCAAAACACGACCACUGUCGCAUGGCUCACAUGUAUCUAUUUCCAGUUAAUCAGCAGCAGCACUUUGUGACGAUAUCUUGACCUUUGUUAAAACUGAAUCAGAACAGGGCAUAUCAUACUGCGCUCCGCCAUCCCGUGAAUAUGAAGGUUGAAAGUGUUGUGGCCGCCAUCCUCUCCCUCUUCGUUGUUGGGACGGCAGGGGAGACAUGCUACGGGGAGUUCUCAAACAUCUACUGCAUGUUCGGAUGCUGUACUGACACACUGCUUGUGUACUGUUGCCUAAGUAACGGAGCUGGAAUCGGCAUCAUCAUCGGUGCCAUCAUCUUCUUCGCCGCCGUUGCAGGCCUCAUUUGCCGACGUCGGUAUUACACUAGAACAACGCACUGCAAUACGUCUCCAGGCGUAUCAGUUGUGCAGGCAACGACAUCUUCAGCGUCGUAUGGACAAGGACAAGUACAAGGAUAUGGACAAGCACAAGGCUAUGGACAAGCACAAGGAUAUGGACAAGCACAAGGAUAUGGACAAGCACCUCCUCCAUAUGCUCCAAAGAGCUACUGAUGUCUGCUGGAGAGAUGUGAUCGUUGACGUUCGAAAUACUUCAAGAUAUUGGGAAUGAACUUUUAAUGCUUUAAAUACCACAUGUACCAAUUAAUGGUGUUAUUGGCGAUUUUAAUGAGCAAAAGAAUGUCACAAUAAAUUGGGAAAUUCUUGACAGAAAAUGAGAAUCAAUGUCAACCGAUGGACGUUAAUCGGUAUUCUUCAUUACUAUGGAUUUACAGGAAGCAAAGCGAUGAAAUUGUGAACAGUACAUAAUUGUCUACAUCUGAUCAGAAAAAAACUAUGUUGUACACAGAACCUAGCACUUAAUAUUAUCUAUGAACAAUACAACUGGUCAAAAUGUGAUCUGAUGUAUUUUUAGAACGAAAGGUUAUAGGGAUGUAAAGAUUUCUAAUUAUUUCUGUAAAGCUGUAAUUAGGUCUAAUGCUUUGAAAAGAGAUUUCUAGUUAUGGCACACAUCUACUGCUAACUGUGAUAAAAUAUCUUUCUUACUUACAUAAUUUCAUUACUAAAAGACAUUUUUCUCAUGUACAUCAUCCAGUAAACUUUAUUCUAUUAACGGCGUUACAGAGCUGUGCUUAAUUAUAUCCUCAAGCCAAUAAUGGUUGUCACCCCUCCCCACACCCACCCCACACCCCACACCCCACACCCUCUCCAAUAAAAUAAAUUGAAGGGGGUGACAACCAUUAUUGGCAUGAGUAUAUGCAUGAUAUUUUGUUCACAUAACGGAUUUAAAAGGAAUAUAAGAAUUUGUAAUCCUCAAAACGUGUUAUGUAUUCAUGUAGCUCAAAUUCCAAAUGCCUUUCAAAGACUUGAAACGCCUAUGCCUUUAAAAGAAUUAUGACAAUAAAACCUUCAUGCUACUAA